AUGAGUGCCGAUCUCAUAGUCGAUCCGCAAAUCCGUUUUUGGGUGUUCCUUCCUAUCGUGAUCAUAACGUUUUUAGUGGGAAUAUUACGGCACUACGCCUCUAUCCUGCUGUCGAGCCAAAAGAAGAUCGAAUUACAACAACUGGCCGAUUCGCAGUUACUGCUAAGGGCCAGGGCGCUGAGAGAGAACUCCGGCUACAUCCCGAAGAACGCUUUCCUCAUACGAAAACAGGCUUUCAACAAAGAAGACGGGUACUUGAUGCAAAAACGACCAGCGGUAAAUCAAAACAUGAUGACCGAUCCCUCUAUGAUGACCGAUAUGCUCAAAGGUAAUCUCACCAACGUCCUGCCCAUGAUCGUUAUAGGAGGCUGGAUCAAUUGGAUGUUUUCCGGAUUCAUAACGACCAAAGUACCGUUUCCUCUAACUCUGAGGUUCAAAUCGAUGUUGCAAAGGGGCAUUGAGCUGUCUCAUUUAGACGCUAGUUGGGUGUCGUCGGCUUCUUGGUACUUUCUGAACGUGUUCGGAUUAAGGAGCAUUUACACGUUGGUGUUGGGGGAGAAUAACGCGGCCGAUCAGAGCAAGCAGAUGCAGGAACAGAUGCAAAUGACGGGGGCCGCAUCGGGGAUGCCCGCCGACCCGAAGGUGCCGUUCAAGGCGGAAUGGGAGGCGCUGGAGAUCACCGAGCACCAAUUGAAAUUGUCCGAUAUCGAAAAAGAUCUAUUAUAA